AUUGUACCAAAUUCGCUGUAGGGGGGUUUAAACCACGUCGUACAUUCAUAAUCUCAUCUUUACAAGCGCAGCUCUCUGUAUUGCUCGUGUCUUGCAUGCAAUGAAGACUAUAUUCGCCUUACUUUAACAAUAUUUCAUAUACCAGCGGUGGUAGAUUGAAAGUUGAGUUUUUAAAUCUUUACCCCCACCCAUAAAGCAGCGACUUUUGUAAGUCUGAGGAAAAGGACUUGUUUUUCUUUCUUUGGCUUUGCGAUUACAUAUCCUUCCGCCAGGGUCGGGAGCUCCCGGAAGUGCACAGCCGGAUUCUGCUGCCGGCCUUCCAAGAUUGUUCUUCUUUUUAUAUUGUUAGAGCCGAUCUGACGUUUCACGCGCCAGUAAUAUCGCCUACAAUCGACAGCGCUUAGGCCGAGCACUACUUAGUGUUUCAAUUCAAUCUAUUUCCGGUGACAAAUGUCAACCCCUGCUAGAAGGCGUCUGAUGAGAGACUUUAAGAGGCUCCAAGAAGAUCCUCCUGCCGGGGUGAGCGGAGCACCAUCGGAGAACAAUAUCAUGGUGUGGAAUGCAGUAAUAUUUGGACCUGAGGGAACCCCAUUUGAAGAUGGUACUUUUAAACUAACAAUAGAAUUUACAGAAGAAUACCCCAAUAAACCACCUACAGUUAGAUUUGUGUCCAAAAUGUUUCAUCCAAAUGUAUAUGCCGAUGGUAGUAUAUGUUUGGACAUUCUUCAAAAUCGUUGGAGCCCUACUUAUGACGUGUCCUCCAUUUUAACUUCCAUACAGUCGUUGCUGGAUGAACCAAAUCCGAACAGCCCUGCAAACAGCCAGGCGGCUCAGCUGUACCAGGAAAACAAACGGGAAUACGAAAAGAGGGUUUCCGCCAUUGUAGAACAGAGCUGGCGUGACUGUUGACCCUGGCCCUAGUUUUAUGAACACUCUGAUCAGGAGGAAAAUAUAUAUGAAGUGUUUUGAGUGAUCUUCCUGUUAACUAGAAUCUUUACAUUUACAUUGUUGACCGGCUAUUGUGCUGUCGCCGCCUUCCUUAGCCCCAGCUGGUGCUUUUCCCCUUUGGACACCCGAGAGCAUUCGUGUUGAAAUGAAAUGUACUAAACGUGGGUUACUUGCAAAACAAAAUCUUCUAUUUUUAUUUCUUAAAGCAGUUCACCUCAGACUUUUGCUCCAUCAUCACUUACUGUUAAAUUGUCUGGCAUCAGAUGAUAUUUAAAAAAAAAAAAAAAAGGGAAAUAUGUACUAUAUUGAUAUGGAAACAAAGUGCAUUUUGGCAUAAUAACGAGGAUGAGCUGCUGGAGUUAAAUCUUUUAUAUUUGGUUUUAGACUGACAGAAGAAGUGCAUUGCAUAAGUGCGGCUAUACUUCUAUGGAUGUUUUCUAUUUUUUUUGCUGGAUGGGAUUAAGACUAACAGCUAAUGGUCAACAGUUUACACUGACUUGUUUUGUUUCUGCACAAACGGGUUGUGUUUUCCCCAAGUAACCCAUGUAAAACUGUACAUUUAUUCUGAACUUGUAAAUAAACAUAUAACCUACUUGCGUUCCUAUGUAAAUACA